AUGCGUGAGAUGGAUGCUUUGAUCUCGGAGUAUCGCCAUGAGAAAAAACGUCCCCGAGAAUCGGAGGCUCUUUUUAUGCUCCGCAAAGUAGCCUCCAUCGUCAAACCAAUUAUGCGCCAGCGUGCCUGGCGCGUGGGAGCUCUUUGCGAAUUCUACCCGAAGCAGAGAAAUCUGUUAGGGUUAAAUGUCAACUCUGGUCAGAAGAUUUGUCUGAGACUACGGUAUGCCUCUGAUCAGAAGCAGUUUCUGCCUUUCGAGCAGGUCGUGGAUACUAUGCUCCACGAACUUUGUCAUAUUGUCCGUGGCCCUCAUGAUAGACAAUUCCACGCUUUGUGGAAUCAACUUCGGGACGAGCAUGAAGAGCUUGUCCUUAAGGGAUACACCGGAGAGGGCUUCCUUUCCCAAGGCAAGCGUCUUGGUGGCUCCAGGAUGCCUCUUGACGAAGCUCGCCGUCAAGCUCGUGCAUCCGCUGAGCAGCGACGUUCUCAAGCGAAGAAUUCUGGCAAGAAACUCGGCGGAGCUCCUGUCCUCCGUGGAACCGACAUUCGCAAGUUGCGAGCGGACGCAGCACAGCGGCGUCUCGAAGUUGAAGGGGGUUGUGCAUCGGGAACCUCCGAGGGUACCGAGCUUGCUGAAGAAGCAUAUAAUGGGUUCAGAACAAAGGCAGAGGAAGAUGAUGCGAAUGAGGCAGCUAUUAUGCAAGCAUUCAUCGAACUAAUCCAGGAAGAGGAGCGUGAGAAGUAUGGCUCAUCUUAUAUUGCCCCGAGCCAGGAUAAUCCCGCCGGUCCCUCCACCCAGGAGUCGCCUCCUCCAUCUAAUAUUCAGGAAUCACCGAACGCCCAACCUGUGGGAAAACCUCUCGAAGACACCCCCGAUCUUACUGUGGACAAUACCUCCUACGACGCUCCCUGGACAUGCCCAGCAUGCACAUUGGAAAACCGUCCUAGUUUUCUCUGCUGCGACGCUUGUGGAUUGGAACGACCAGCUCCCAAAAAUACCAAACCAGCAGAAUCUGUACGAAGACCAGAAGUUCCUGAUCAGAAGCUCUCGGAACCACAGAGGCCAAGAAAGCGUCCGCUGCAAGAGUUCAGGGCCGAAGAAGAGCAUAAGAAAGUAGCGCGUGACACGUUUGCUUUCAAGAAUCGCACCCGGGCCUUGGAUACCUUAAAAACUUUAGAAAAAGACGUCAACAAAAGGCGCCUUGGGUGGAAUUGCAGCUUUUGCGGGUCUUUUAUGGAAUCUCAAUGGUGGACAUGCUCAUCCUGUGGAACGAUGAAGGCGACAUCUUGA